UCAAAGUCUACCCAAAUUCCCUCUUUGGAGUUAUACAUAGAAUAGGUACCAUUAGGGAAUCAAGUUGUAAAUGUAUCUUCAAAUCCUUCUCUUACACCUAUGUCUAUGUUAUUUCAAGAAACGCAAAAUCCCUUUGUUCCUUCUCCAUCUUGUACUCUUUCUCAACCCCCUCCAAAUCAAGUUUCAAUUGAUGCAAUGGUUAACUUAGGAGAAAGUAAUGAGGUGGCACAUUGGGAUGAUGGUAAUGAGAGUAAUGAGCUAGUUGAUGAUCCUUCUGAGGAUGAUGUGGAUGUGGAUGAGGAUGCUCUGGCCACUGACAUGACCUUAGGCAACAAUCCUACAAUUAUUGCUCCUACACCUUAUGCCCUAGUUCUACCUCUAGAUGAACAUGUGGAGGAAAACUCUUGGAGGACUUGGGCUUGUGAUACCACUUACACCGAAGAAGGGGAGUUUGAAAAAGGUAUGAUGUUUGAUAGUAUGGAAUCUUUGUUGGAAGCUAUUAGAGUAUAUCAUAUUCGUAGAAAUGUAGAUUAUAGAACUGAGACUUCCAACCAAACUAUCCUUACCUUGAAGUGUAAGAGGGGUUGUUCUUGAAAACUAAGGGCUAGGCUUGAUUCUUAUUCAUCUUCAUGGCAUAUUGUUACAUACCAUGGAAAGAAUAGGUCUUGUGUAUUGGGCAGUGACACUGUGUCGGCUGGACACAUUCACUUGACAUCUUCUGUGAUUAACAAUGUGAUUAGAAACUAUGUUGCCCAAGACCCAUCAGUUAAGGUCUCUGUCGUGCGGCAGAUGGUCAAAGAUCGUUUUGGUAUAGAUGUGAAUUAUAAGCGAGCGUGGUGUGCUAAGCAACAAGCCUUAUUGUCCAUCUAUGGUACUUGGGAAGAUUCUUAUUCUUUCCUUCCACGCUUCUUAAAAGCUUUGCAACAUUCUAACCCGGGCCUAGUAGUUGAGUAGUUCUUCAGAGAAGACAAUGACGCAGGUGUGUAUGUACGACCUAAUAUUAGAACCUUCCAACGUGUUUUUUGGGCUUUUAGACCUAGCAUUGAGGGCUUCAAUCAUUGUAAACCUCUUAUCGCCAUUAACGACACACACUUGUAUGGUAAGUAUCGUCAUACCUGAUUGACUGUCAUUGCCCAAGAUGGUGAUAAGAGAAUCUUUCCACUAGCAUUUGUCUUGGUAGAGAAGGAAUGCAUAGGUGCAUGGUCUUGGUUUAUGACUUGUAUUCGUAAGCAUGUCACACAGAGGAUGGGUUUGUGUAUUAUUUCGGAUAGACACGCGGGUAUUUUAACGACCAUGGAGCGAGAAGCCGGAAUGGCAACCACCUUAUGCCCAUCAUAGGUUAUGCUUACGUCAUUUGCUUAGUAACUUUAACCGUGCUAUGGGUAACGUUCAACUAAAAAAGUUAUUUGGUAGAAUUGCUGAGCAAAGACAACAAUCUAAGUUAAUUGAGGGCUUGAGGGAAAUUGGAACUGCAAAACGAGAGGUUGUUUUCUGGAUUGAUGAAGUAGGUCAUAUGUCUAAGUGGUCAUUGUGUCAUGAUGGGGGACAUAGGUAUGGUGUUACUAACACCAACUUAGCAGAAGUCUUUAACUAUGUGAUGAAGGGUGUACGUUUUUUGCCUUUGACUACACUGGUUGAAUUCACCUUUUAUCGCAUCAAUGAUUAUUUUGUUAAAAGACAUGAAAGUGCUAGUGCGUGGCUAACUGGAGGAUACAUGUACACCUCGCAUGCCACCAAGAUUAUCACUAGAAACACCGAGAAGGCGAACUUCCAUGAGAUCAUUGCAUUCGACUAUAGAAGAGCUAUCUUCGAAGUUAAGACUGGGCGGGGAAAUAGAGGAUCGUCCAAGGGGGUAAGAUACAAUAUGUGAACUUCACACAAAGGAAGUGCACAUGUAACAAAUUAGAGAUAUACCACUUACCUUGCUUAGAUGUUCUUGCAGUAUGCAUCAAACGUCACUUAUCAUACGAGCGGUUUGUGGACCCUUGCUAUACCUCUGCGAGUUAUGCAAGUACAUAUAAUUCCUGCUUCAUGCCAAUGAUUGAUAAAGAGGUCAUGGCCUCAAUACACUGGCUUUGAACUUAGACAUGAUCCUGAUCAAAUUUCGUGGUAAGAGGAGGCCUAAAUCUAAGAGGAUUGCCAAUGAAAUGGAUGAAGGAAGAAAGAAACACAAUACUUGUCGUUGUUGUGGGAGUAAAGGUCACAACGCUAAAACUUGCACAUCCAGUUUUUGUGGGACCCCUACCCCGCCGACGCAUACGCAGCUGUGCCCGAGCACUCGGGAAUUCAGUCGGAUGCGUGGAGGGCUUCUGUGCCACUCAUAUGCUUUGACAUAGUCGAGGUUCAUCUACCUGAGCGUGUACUAUGCCAAUAUGGGUUGGUACAGGGCAUUCUACCACCUUGCGACACUGAACCCGAGUUGCACCUCAGUUCGCGCAAGGGUCAAGGAACGAAGAACUGGAGCGAGAUUAACGGGCGCCACAUCGCUCAUUGGGAUCAUCGCCUGGAGCUGCUAGCCCAAGGUGCGCUAAUCGAUGCUGCUGGCGCACCUAUUACCGCAAACUACAUGUCAAUGUUCCUUUCCAUCACUCGUCGAUGGAUGACACCACGAGGUAUCAUUACUGCAUCACAGUAUGCACCUGCUGCGCCGACGAUGACCCAAUUUGUAAGUACUCUUCUAUAUUUAAUUGUUUAAACUACAACUUACAUAAUAUAAUAUUAUUUUAACUAACUAUUGAUUGCAAGCACAAGGUGUGCAGCCGUGAUCUGCUUUAGGCACGAAGAGCCGAUUUGGGAGAUUGCGCAAGGCAUACUCCUUGGCACACAGUUCUAGCACUUCAUUCCGGAAGUUGCUGAGGAGGCAUCACCGGCUACUUGCGAGGUGUGCGUCUCUUCUCCUCCUCAUAACGUUCAUUUGGAGGAGAUGGACUUGUCAUACCCUGAUGAUGGUGCGGGGACCUCCCAGGCUGGGCCAUUCCAGCCAUCAUAGUACCAGUCACCUUCCCUCCCAGAUCGACACAUGAACGCCUCUUACUAUCGUAGGAGGCGUAUAAGACCAUCUCAAUUACAUAGGGUGGAAGAGGGUGAUGAGGGUUA